CCGAGCUGUAGCCCUCACCGGGCAUGUCAGCGGCCGGCUCCGGGGAAGCUGCCUCCCGCUUCAGGGAGGCGGUGGGGAGGGACCCGUUGGCCGCCGACCUGCGGUGCAGCCUCUUCGCCGCCGCGCUGCAGAGCUACAAACGGGACUCGGCGCUCAGGCCCUUCCCGGGCCGCUACUACAGCGGUGACAACAGCAAAGACUUCGAAGGGUUGCUUGCAGACACCAAGGCUCUUCCAAGCCUGAAAGAAUUCCUGGAGUCUGUUCCAAACACAGAGAAAAGAACCUGGGAUUUGUUUAGUUGGAUUUUAUCAUCUAAGGUCUUCAUGAUACAGAGUACUAAAAAGCAAGAGUACGAGAAGAUCCAAGAACUCACAGGGAUGUCUGGGGCUGCAGUUCCUGCCCCAGACUUCCUCUUUGAGGUUGUGUAUUGUGACCAAAUGAACACCAAGUUUGCAGAGACCAAGGGAGAGAGGGACCUCAUCUAUGCCUUCCAUGGGAGCCGCCUUGAGAACUUCCACUCCAUCCUGCACAACGGGCUGCACUGCCACCUGAACAGGACAUCCCUGUUUGGGGAAGGUACCUACCUCACCAGUGACCUGAGCCUGGCUCUGCUCUACAGCCCCCAUGGCCUGGGCUGGCAGCACAGUGCCUUGGGCUCCAUCCUCAGCUGUGUAGCUGUCUGUGAGAUCAUUGACCACCCAGAUGUAAAGUGUCAGGUGAAAAAGAAAGAUUCAGAAGGAAUAGACAGAAAAAGAGCACGAGUGAAAAACAGCGAAGGGGGUGACGUGCCCCAGAAGUAUUUUGUGGUCACAAAUAAUCAGCUUUUACAAGUUAAAUACUUGCUAGUGUAUUCACAGAAACAGCACAGGAGGCCUUCUAAUCAGUCAUCCUGGUUUUACACCCACCGUUUUGCUGUAAUGAUGCUGCUGUACCUACUGCUGCUCAUAGUGAUUGGAGCCAGCAACUCACCAACCUUCAUCUACUACUGGCACAGAGUGUUUCACUCAGAGAGAUGAAUUACCUGAGGUGAUAAACUGUUAUUUUCACCAGGUGCCUUAAUAAUAGCCAAUCUGCACUGCACUGCAUCUCUUCCAGAGCUCUGGAAAUAAAGGUGCCUGGAGCUUUCCAGUUCUGUCACCAAUCUAUUAUCCUCUUGGCAUCUUUCCAUGUAGUCUUAUUUCUGUGUUCCUGUGAUUCCUGAGGAUGCCCAAUACAGCUGAAAAGGAUCAAGAUGGUGCAGCUUAGCAUGAACCAAUUGUUAAGGGUCUAUGGGGAAAGGUUAUUUAAAAUUAAUGACAAUUAAGUGUGGAAAACACUCAGGUGUAACCAUUUUCUGUCAAACUGAGGUAUGUUUGCACAAGUUGGAAAGGAAGAUUUUACUGUAUGUCAGGCUUACUGGUCAAGACUCAACCAGUCUUACUGGUUUGUUUUCAGAAACUGAACUGAGAUGUUUAGCAUGUGUUAAUGCUGACAGGAUCACUUAUUUUAAAAUUAACUAUGGCUUUGGCCAGGAAUUUUUAUAUUUGAACAUGAUGAUUGUAAGAAAACUACAAGAAAUAAAACAGCCACCAA